AUGAACACGGAAGUCGAACUCGACAUCUUGGAUGGUGUCCAUGUCCCUCCUUCUACUACUACUUCCACCACUCUCAAUUCUUCAUCACCCAAUCAAAACCAUCUACAACAACCACCCAUCAACAACAACAACUCGGCUGGUUCAAGUCCUUCCAACCUACAACAACAACAACAACAACCGUUUGUCAUUGGUUCUCUCGCCUCCUCUUCCACUGCUUCACCAACAACCAGCGGUGGUCGUUUAUCUCAAUCUCUAUCGACCAAUCAAUUCGCUACCACCGCUUUACAAGAUCCACUCAAAGCCGAAGUUCAAAAAUUGGUCGAUAAGAACAAGGAUCAUCAAUUAUUUGGACUACAACCUUUGAAAGGAAUAACAACCACAACAACACCAGGAAAUGCUCUUUCGACACAAAAUUUGGAGAAUGAAUCUUCUGUGAAGGAGAGAAUUCUUUCGUGUUGUUUUAGUUUGAGAGUGUCCACGUUGGCCACUUUGAUUGUCUUGUUUACAGUCAUGAUUUUGGCGUUUGUGAUUAUUAUCGGAACCAUCUUGCCUGUGAACUUUGGAGAGUUGGAGAAAAAUGAUAGUAGUAAUGCUUCGAAGAGAUCGAUGAAGGCACUCUAUGAUGAUUUACGUACGAAUUUGGGUAAUUUAUUACCCUUCUCUGCUUGGACUGAGCCCUAUAACCACAUCAACAAUGUACUUUCGGGAACACCCAACGCCUAUACUAAUUUUGAUGAUUAUAUGAGUUCAAAUUUUCCGAGAGCAAUUAUGGCAUCUUCGAAAGUGAAUUGGGUCAUUUAUUACUUUAAGAAUGGAACUAGAAUCAUUUCGAGAAGCUAUAGUUUUGACACGGAUACUGUCACUUCUUCAUCAGACAAUAUUCCAGAUAUUUUGAAACAAUUAUCUCUGUCAAAUCCACUCAUGUAUAAUAUGGAUAAAUCUUAUACAAGAAACGGAGGUUUUGUGAAUUACAAAUCACAAUUGAUCAUGUUAUCCGCUGCACCAAUUACCAUUUCUGAUUGGAAUAAUAAUUCUGACACGAAUGGUGUUUUAGUAUUUGGUAGAAUUAUGAGUUCAACCUUCAUUAAUAGUAUUGCAAACAGUGCUCAAUUAUGUCUCUCCAUGCAUUUACUCGAUGAUACGAGUGACAAGGUUGUUGAAAAGUUUUCGAAACGUGUGACAUCAUUGAAUGGAACUUUUGUUCUGCAAACAUCCUUUGAUUGGCCAAAUUUGGCAGUUUUUGCAUUUGAUCCAUUGGAAACUACCAUGACACUUUCAAAAAGACAAUGCUAUCGAACAGAUGGAUCUACACUCUCUGAGCAGAGAUUUGCUUCCUAUGUUUUAUUGAAUGACAUUUAUGGACAACCAUUAAUGAUUGUAAGAACUGAUAUUGCACGUGAUGUUUAUUUCCUAGGAAUUCAAUCGAUACUGUUAGCGAUUGGUCUCUUACUGUUGGUGUGUUUAUUGGCAUCCGUUGUUGUGAUUCUUUUCGUCGAAAAGAGAGUCUUGUCUCGAAUUUUACACUUGACAAGUAGAAUUCAAGAAAUUACUGCAUCGAACGACACCAAACAAAGAAUUGCAGUACGAGAUGGACAAACUGAUGAACUUGGAAAAGUCUCAAAGAAUAUCAAUUACAUGUUAAAUUCAUUGGACAUGCUCGUCGAACAGCAAUUACAAGAACAAGAAUUACUCAAAAAACUUCUUGAAAGAAUUUCAGAGGCAGAAGAAAGAACAAGCUCCAUCAUGAACAGUAUCAAAGAUAUUGUGUUAACAGUCACUGCAGAAGGUGUCGUGACACAUGCAAAUACUGCCUUUUAUGACCGAUUUGGAUAUAGUGCAGUAGAUGUGGAGGGUAGUGGUAAAAUUACUCUCGACAAGUUAUUCCCUCAGUUAAAAGAUGUUGCCAAGACUGGGGAUUCUCUCGGACAAGUUAUUUCCUCGUACGAUGAUCAAAUGACACAUCCAUUUACUGGCUUAACCAAAAAGAGAAAGAAUAUUGACUUUGAUGCCUAUGUCACAAAAGCCAAACAAGGCAACAGCACCAAUGGACAACACAUGUUCGUCUUUGUCGGAAGAGUUUCCUCUCAAUUAUUAGGAACCAUACCAAAAUCUGGAUCUCUCCUAGGCAUGGAAGGAGAAUUCGAUCGUCUCUUACUCAAUCCUGAAGAAAAGGAAAAAUUCAAACUCUUCUGUCGAAAUGAAAAAUCCGAAGAAAAUAUGCUCUUCAUGGAUGCCGUUCUUGAAUACAAAUCUCUGAAACAUACACAUGAAAGAAUGAUCAAACAAGAAGCCAUUAUUCGAACAUUCUUGAAAGGAGAAGAAUCUCCACUAGCUGUCAAUGUGAGUGGAGCUGUUGUGAAAAAAGAAUUAACCUUAAUUGAGAAGGGAGUUGGACAAUUGGAUUUAUUUGACAAGUUGUAUCAAACUGUGAAGAAUAAUCUUGCCUCAGAUACCUAUUCGAGAUACAAAAUGUUGACGAGUGUGGGAGGUAGUUUGAUGGCCAAUAGUAAAUAG